UCCAUGUCAACAAUGGUGUCAUCAUGGAUGCAAUUUGUUUCUUCAUUCAUGUCAAAAAAUCUAGUAUUGUCGAGGCGGAUGAUCAUCACCGUGAUACUUUUAUUGUCAACCACUCAUGGCUUUGCUGCCUCUGUAAAUGACGACCAUCCUGAUACACCAAUGAGCUACAAUUGUCCGAAGAGUGGCUUCCGUUACAGCUUAGGCAGCGCGUUCCAUGAAAAUCUCAAUCACACCCUUUUCACUGAGUUCUCAUCCAGUGCCGCGCUGAAGACCUCUUCUAACUUCACCAUAGGCAGAGGAAUUGACCAAGUUUAUGCUCUGUACUACUGCAGGGGAGAUGUCGAUACCAAUACAUGUCAUCGAUGCAUCCAAGCGGCGGUAACCAAACUAGUCGAGAUAUGCAAAUUUCUUAAACAAGGGAUCAUUUGGUACGAGGAAUGUACCUUGCGUUAUGCCAAUCACCCCAUCUUCUCGCUUGAUGAGGUUAGUCCUUUUUAUUUGCAUAACAAUCGUACCAGUUUGGUAAGCGAAUAUCAUCUUGAUCCAUACAAGCAAGUCUUUGACAACACAAUGAAGGGUCUCGUUAACCAAGUUGCUUAUAAUGAAAGCCUUGAUGAUUUUGCCGUUAGGGAGAUCAACCUCUCCUUAACUCAGACACUACGCGGCCUCGCACAAUGUUCUCCUUAUAUUAGUAGUAGUCUUUGUGAAAAAUGCCUAACAGACGCUCUCAAGCAAAUGCAUGUUUGGUACAUAACUAUGGCUUUUUUGCCGAGUUGCGUUGUUAGGUAUGACUUACAUGGAUCACCCCUAAAUCCACCCCCUUCAUCGGAUGAUGGUCCAGUUUCCCUACCAGCACGCUAUCAGGUCCUCAUUGCCCUGCUUUCUGUCUUAGUAAUUUUGUCACUCCUUGGCGGCUUUUGGUUUUGGAGGCACCGUCGGUCAAAAGGUCCAACGAAUGCUACAGAAGAACAAAAUAACAUCAAAGACACUACAGAAGUGGAUUCUAAUAUGUCAGGAAGUAAGCGUGAAGGAUUUACGCGGUUCACCUAUUCUCAAGUGCAGGAGAUGACAAACCGGUUGCAGAGAAGGUUGGGCGAAGGUGCCUAUGGAGUUGUCUUUUAUGGUCGGUUGGCAAAUGGGAGAGAAGUUGCAGUCAAAAUGCUAUCAAAAAGUGAUGCCCCUAAGCAAUUCAGCAAUGAGAUUGAAGUGUUUGGAAGAAUUUCUCACAAGAACUUGGUUUCCCUUUAUGGAUACUGCCAAGAAGGAGCCGUCUUGGCACUGAUUUAUGAAUACAUGCCCAAAGGAGACUUACACGAUCUUCUAUCAGAACAUUCUGAUGCAACUUUGAGCUGGAAAAAGAGACUUGAAAUUGCAUUUGACACAGCUCAAGGAUUGGAGUACUUGCACAACCAUUGCAGCCCACCUAUACUACAUAGAGAUGUGAAACCAGCUAAUAUACUACUAAACCAACAUCUUCAAGCUAAAGUAGCUGAUUUUGGUCACUCGAGAAUCUUCCCAGCUGAAUAUGUCUCAAGACUAACCGCUACAAUCGUCGGUACACCAGGUUAUGUUGAUCCUCAGUACUAUGCAACGGGACUAGUGAACGAAAGAAGCGAUGUUUACAGCUUUGGAGUUGUCCUGCUAGAGCUUAUCACAGGACAAAAGGCUAUAAUAAGCACAGGCACUAAUUUGGUUCAUUGGGUACGGCCUCUUUUUGACAGAGGGGAUAUAGGAAGUAUACUUGACCCGAAGCUUCGAGUCGAUGUAGGUGAAAACUAUAACUCUGUCUGGAGAGUAACAGAGUUGGCUAAAAAAUGUGUCGAAAUCGAUGGGAAAGAUAGGCCAACCAUGACUCAGAUCAUUAUCGAAUUGAGAGACUGCAUGGUUUUGGAAAAUAUGGAUACAUGCAACUACAGUUCGAAUCCUACCUCAAGCGAGAUGAUAUCUGAAGUUCAUUCAUUUAAUUCGAUGCAUCCACGGCCUCGGUAGCACCAUUAUAUUGCUCUGUUUAUGUUUCUCCAUGUAAUACAAAUGAGUUUUAAGUUUUUAACUCAACUCUAGUCCAACUCAUUCACGAGCUGUUCACGAAUGUAAUAUCAGAGUAUUUGCAAUCUUAGGGUAUAUCCGUUUCUAAAUAGCGUAGUUUUAGGAAAUUUUAUGGGCAAUACUUUUUUUUGUGCUAAUAGAAAAUAAAUAAUAAGGUAAUGUGCUAGGGAU